AAACGCGAAAAUCCAAAGUGUGUGUUCACUUAUUAUCUGACAGUGGAUUUAUGGAAAAAAAAAAAAUAAUUGAAGAUAAAUGCUUAGCUGGCUUGUUCAUCAGUUGACAAACUCAGAGUCAAUUCUAUUGAACUUUGAUCUCAACAAAACAAUUCCAAAUAUAGAUUAGUUGUGUGUUGUUCCACUCAUUCUUUCGUUUAACGAUAACAAAUGUGAACUUCAAUUUCAUUCUAAGAAUUUGUCUUGCACCGUCGAAACGUUAUCAAUCGAUUUAUUUCUAUUUUACAGAGCGUAACAUGAAGUCUGUACUGACUCAACAGACGAUUGUUGUGUAAUAUUUAUUUAGUCUAUAGUUGCAAGUGCGAUUAGUUGGUUGAUUCAGAAAUAUAAACAAAUCGAUUAGUUGUGAUCUGAUAAGAUUUAUUACGAAAAUUGUUGUAACAAAAUGGGAUUAAUUACAAUGAUCUUGGCAUUGCCAUUUGAAUUGUUACGCGGUUAUAUAAUUCAGCCCGUGUUGGAUCGAACACAACACACGUACGAUGAUUACAAAAAUCGCACAAAACAAGGUGUAAUUUCGGCUCGCGAAAUCGCGAUUAAGCUCAGCAUUCUCGCAUUAGCAGCCGCUGUUAUUAUUUGGAUGGCUGUUUUCAUGUACAUUGCAUUCUAUUACACGUAUAUGCCGGCCAUCGCUCACAUUCGUCCCGUUUAUAUGCAAUUCAAGCCUUGUGAAGAUAUCAUCGGUCCAUGUUCAUUUCCACAGGCCCAUGUGCUGUUGACACGAAAACAGCAACUGCUCAUGGUUGGUCAACAGUAUCGAAUCUCAGUGAACAUCGAUAUGCCGGAGAGUGAGCAAAAUCUACGGCUAGGCAUGUUUAUGGUUUGCGCCGAAAUGCGCGACCAACGAACUCAACUGCGAAAUCAUGCUUGCCGCUCGGCCAUGCUCCAUUACCGGUCCGAUUUGGCGCGUACAAUAUCGACUUUCGUGAUGAGCCCGUUGAUUAUUUUCGGUUUCAAGGAAGAAACUCAACAAAUUCCCGUUGAAGUGUUUUCCAGCUACGAAGACGAUUUAGAGAAUCCAGUGACCGAUGUGUUUGUGGAAAUCCAAUCGAGACAAAUCCAAUUCUAUUCGGUUACACUGCACAUAACGGCCCACUUCUCUGGAUUGCGCUACAUUAUGUUUCAUUGGCCAAUACUCUCUGCUUCAAUAGGUAUUGGGGCAAAUCUGUUCUUCAUCAUGACGGUCAGUUUGUUGAGCUGGUAUCACUGGUCUGAUUCCGUAUGGAUGGAAGAGACAAGAAAACGUCUUCGGGAUCGUGCAGAAGAAAGUCGUCGCAAACGAUCGGAAGGAAUAUCACGCGACAUUUCCACAACAACCAUCGACGAGAAAUCGUUUGAAGAUGAUGAAGAUAUGAGCAUUAUUGAGGAAAAACCGUUGCAUCGAUCACUCGAAGAUGACAGCGACGAUAUUGAAGAACUGUCCGGCCUUGGCGAGAGUGGAGAACUUCGAUUACGCAAAUCUUCAUCAUCGGAGUCUCACGCAUAAUCCAGCCAAUAAGAAAUAGUAUAAUGAACCAGUGUUUUUGCUACUCGAAAUGCAAUCAAAAUUCAAUUUCUUUCAAUAAUCAUCAUCAAAUGCCAUAAUUGAUUCGUUCUAAUUUAAUGUUGAUACUAUAAUUAUAGUAGUGCCGUUCGCAUAUUCUAUAGGAGUAUCUAUCGGUGCUCUGCUAUACAGUGACUUACCAAAGAGCAAUAACUCUCAAAAAUGAACAUCGACCAAUCGAUUGAUUGUGUUUUCGCAUAAUUAACCCAAAUACAAAUCCAUCGCAAAAAUCAUUCCGAACAAAUAAGUGAAAAAGAAUCUGUAAUAAUACAUGUUUCCAAUACAGAGACAAUUAUUAUACCAAUGAAUAUAUGAACUUUGUUUCUAUUUUUCGUUAUUAAUUUAUUGUGAUCGUUGUCAUUCUUCUUUCGACGUCUUUUUUUACACUUUACAUUUUGUAUCUAUCUGCUUAAGCUUUGGUAAUAAAGUGAAACGAUUGAAUGUAAAGACAA